CUUUGGUACGACUUUAUACGGAUCUUUUUUACCUUUUACGGAUCAUCGCUAAACUAUGGACAAGAGAAUCUUUGACGAUUACUUGAACUCGGUGGGAUCUGACGAGAGCAUCCAGUCCGUGAUCGAGCCCUCCACCGAAGGUAUGCUGACAGGGAAAUCUUGCAAAGCCAAGAAAAAGCCUACAUGUGCCCGGAAGCAAAAAAAGUGCGCAAAGCCUAAGAAGACGUGCAAGUCAAAACCUAAGAAAACCUGCAAGCCCGGUCCCAUUAUGAAUAAUGGGUACUUAAACUUUGUGCGUGCUUACCGGGAAAAGCACUGCAAUAUGAAACCCCAAGAACUGAUUAGAAGGGCGGCCAGAGCCUGGUGCCGUUUAUCAGAGGAAAAGAAAGAUAUAUACCGCCGAAUGGCUUGCAAAGUUACUACUAGUGAAAGACAUAAAAGACGAAAAGUGUGCAAUCCUGAAAAAUGCGAGAAAUCUUAGGUGGCUCAUCUAAGUCUUCUUCAAUCAAUCCCCGUCUUCUGCCCCCUGCUAAUUUUGAUGUGCUAUUGGUGGCUCAUCUAAGUCGUCUUCAAUCAAUCCCUGUCUUCUGCCCUCGGCUAAUUUUGAUCUGAAAAAUUAAGGUUUAGGUUUCCAAAACAGUCUAUAUUAUUAAUAAAGCAUAAAUUAUUUUUUCGGCCAUAA